AUGGGCGCCCGGGACUCGGGCUCGGCCGCAGGCUGCGCGGGCUCGGGAUCCGGGGAGACGCGGCGUCCCCGCCGUCCGUUCGUGCGCCGCCGCCGCCACCGCCCCCGGCCUGGAGCGCGGGACCCCGGGAAGUUUCGGCCCCGACUUAGCGACGCGGUUGGCGGCCACGGCUCGAGUGCAGCGCCGGCGCGGGGCGCGCGAUCCCGGGGCUCCGCCGCCUGCGCCCCGCCCCGUCCCCCCCACGCCGCCUCCCCGCCCCCCGCAGCCCGCGGCCGCGCGCGACGCCCCGCUCCGGAGGGCUCCUCCCCGGCGCCGGACCGGCCCCCGCACCUGCCUCCCGCGCCCACCGUCCCUCAGACUCCGCGGGGCCAGAGCACGGCAACCGCGCGUGGACGCCGAGCGCGGACGCGAGACUCACCGGUACCUUUGGAGUCCGGAGCUGCGAAGCGACCCGGGAACUCUUUCCACUCUGCGAAUCCGUGUCGGGACCCACACAGGACUGACCCAUUUGCUACUGCUGACAGGAGUAGGGGAAACCCCGGAGGCCUCAGUGCUACACCAAGAACUUCAGGCAACUAUACAAUGUUUCUGUCAGGAGAUGGAGAGUGUGGGUCAUUCAUGGCGAUGGUCAGUUCCAAUGUUUCAACAUUCAGAAUCAGUUCAAGACUCUCAGCUCAUUCCCCACCCCCCCCCAACCCCUGA